AUGUCUCCUUCCCCAGAGGGCCUACCAACGGAAAUAUUACAUGAAAUUGGGAGGAACGUCACAUCGCUCCGGACUCUCCGUGCAUUAGCCUGCGCAGGCCGUCGGUUCAAUGCCAUAUUUGACCCAAUCCUCUAUCAUGCAGAUGCCAGAUGUCCCCCGAGCGCGGCCAUCGCGUGGGCGGCGGAGCAUGGAGCCAUGGAAAUUCUACAGAAGGCCCUGAGCUACGGCGCCGAAAUAGCCCCCACUUCAACCUCCACCGGAGAAUUUUCUACCGGCGGACCGCGGGGAAAUCAUGGGUUAAGCACGCCGUCCCACUUCAACAAAUACCCACCGCCGCAUCCACUGUAUCUCGCUACCCAACACGGACAUUUGGAUAUUGUGGAACUUUUGAUUGGGAGAGGAUGCAACGUCAAUAUGAGAAAUCCAGAGGGCCUUACCCUGUUGUGUCUUGCCGUGCUUCAUGGCGAUGCGAACCUCGUCCGGACUCUGCUUAGCCGAGGCGCUCGUCAAGAUAGAAGGCACGUCGCGGUCCAGAUUGCAGCGUUCCAAGGUGCGAAGGAGGUCGUGGAUCUUUUACUCCACUAUGGUCCUGAUUCGACCCGGCCAACUACACCGCAGAUACAAGAUGCUAUUCAGUGUGCAAUAGUUGAAAGACACGGGGAUAUUCUUCCACUCCUCCUGGCCACUGGAGUUGGCCUCAAUUAUGUAUUCCGAGGUUGCCAAGUUCCUGGGGUAUAUACACCACUGGUUUGGGCAGUAGAUAAGGGAGAUACUCGACUUCUCCAAUUACUGCUGGCGGGAGGCAAGGCGGACCCGAGUUACUGGACUGGGGAUAAGGAGGCUAUACCCUUGCUGAAAGCCGUCCUGCAGCAACACGAGGAGAUGGUUCAGAUGCUUGUUGGCCGAACAUCACGAUUGCAGAGAACGCGAGCCCUUGCGCUCAGCAUGGAUUACCCUGAUGGGCGGAUCGCUCAUAUCCUGCUGGAUAACGGUACACUACCGGAUUUUGAUCAGGGCGACCAUUCCACGCCAACACAGGCCUUUGACGAUAGCCAUGAUGCUAUAGAUGACAUACUGAUACCACCGUUAAUCCGGGCAGUCCUUCGCGGAUAUACAAAUUUAGUCAAAUUGCUGGUCGCACGUGGCGCCGAUAUCAAUGUUGAGUACCGCGGUUGGAUCGAAGAGCUUCCGACAUGGGUAAUCGGGGGUCCACUUGCGUUGGCCGAACAACUGAGAGAUCAGGAGACGACAAAUUUCCUGCGAGAUCAAGGGGCGAAACGAGAGGUUGGCACAUGGUUAUAUGCGCAGUUCGAGGGUUGGACGUAUCACAGGCCAUCUCAAUGA